GAGUCAGUUGGCUAAUUUCUGCCGAUGUUGAUUUUACAAAACCUCUGUAGCAUGGAAUAACUGAUGAAGAAUAAUUCUUAGCUGCCUAAUGUUUCUGGCACUUCAACAAGGAUGUUGGUGUUCCGUUUGUCAGUGAUGAUCAAGCUUUUCUUCCAGUUGGAUGCAUCUAUUUGUCCUGAGGAUUGUGACUGUUCUUCAAAAAAUGCCAUUUAUUGCUCUGGCCCCCACAUAAGAGACCUGGAAUUGUUAAAUCUGCCUUGCAACAUGACAGAAAUUCACAUAACAAAUGCUAACAUAUCGUACUUGCAGGAUGUGUUUGCUAGGAUGGUGGAACUGCAGCAUCUCAUCCUGACUUCAAACAACAUCGCUCUGGUUUCACCAAUGGCUUUUAAAGGCUUGGGAAGGCUAAAAGUCCUCAAACUGCUAGAUAAUAAGCUGGUUGAGCUUCCUCCAGAAGCAUUUGAUGACAUGGUGCAGCUUCAGCAACUGAUCAUUGAAAGUAACAGGUUGAAAUCUAUCGAGGAAAAUCUGUUUGACAAGCUGGCUAGUUUGCAGGAGCUUUACUUGAACAAAAACCAACUAACAGCACUUCCCAGUGAUGUGAUGAAGAAACUCACCAAACUCAGAGUACUGAACUUAUCAAGAAAUUACUUAGCAGCACUGCCUAGAAAUAUAUUUAGUGCAUUAACCAGGCUUGAGAGGCUGAUGCUGUAUAUUAAUAGGCUGUCUUCAAUAGAGUCUGGUAUGUUUGAUAGCCUGAAGGAGCUGCAGGAGCUUUUUCUGCAUUCCAAUAACAUCCAUUCCAUUGCCCCUGAUGCAUUUCACUGUCUUCGUAAACUAAGAACCCUGACACUCUCCAGAAACAGGCUUCAGGUUUUGCCUUCUGGGCUUUUUUUGCACUUGCAUGACCUGUCUAAACUGACCUUGUACAGGAACCCACUGAAGUCUCUUCCAGAAGUAUUGUUUGGAGAGAUGAGGCAUCUUGGUAGCCUAUGGCUGUAUCACACAAAGCUCUCAACAAUACCAGACUUUGUGUUCAGUAACUUGACAAAUUUAGAGCUUCUUGUGCUGAGUUAACCCAGAGCUUACAGUUCUUCCUAG